GGCCGGGCGGGAGGCAUGGCGGGGCCCCCGGCCCUACCCCCGCCGGAGACGGCGGCGGCCGCCACCACGGCAGCCGCCACCUCGUCGUCCGCCGCGUCCCCGCACUAUCAAGAGUGGAUCCUGGACACCAUCGACUCGCUGCGCUCGCGCAAGGCGCGGCCGGACCUGGAGCGCAUCUGCCGGAUGGUGCGGCGGCGGCACGGCCCGGAGCCGGAGCGCACGCGCGCCGAGCUCGAGAAACUGAUCCAGCAGCGCGCCGUGCUCCGGGUCAGCUACAAGGGGAGCAUCUCGUACCGCAACGCGGCGCGCGGGGGCGCGGCGCGGGCGGGGGGCCCGGCGCGGCCCGUGAGCCUGCGGGAAGUCGUGCGCUACCUCGGGGGCAGCGGCGGCGCAAGCGGGCGCCUGACCCGCGGCCGCGUGCAAGGGCUGUUGGAGGAGGAGGCGGCGGCGCGGGGCCGCCUGGAGCGCACUCGCCUCGGAGCGCUCGCGCCGCCCCGCGGGGACAGGCCCGGACGGGCCCCGCCGGCUGCCAGCGCCCGCGCGUCGCGGAGCAAGAGAGGAGGAGAAGAGCGACUGCUUGAGAAAGAAGAGGAAGAAGAAGAUGAAGACGACGAAGAUGAUGAAGAUGACGUGUCUGAGGGCUCAGAAGUGCCCGAGAGUGACCGUCCUGCAGGUGCCCAGCACCUCCAGGUUAAUGGUGAACGUGGCCCUCCAAGCGCUAAGGAGAGGGUCAAGGAGUGGACACCCUGUGGACCCCUCGCGGGGCAGGACGAAGGGCGGGGACCGGCACCGGGGAGUGGUACCCGCCAGGUGUUCUCCAUGGCAGCCAUGAGUAAGGAAGGAGGAUCGGCCUCUGUUGCCACUGGGCCAGAUUCCCCGUCCCCUGUGCCUUUGCCCCCAGGAAAGCCAGCCCUCCCUGGGGCCGAUGGGACCCCUUUUGGCUGUCCUCCCGGGCGCAAGGAGAAGCCAGCAGACCCGGUGGAGUGGACGGUGAUGGACGUGGUAGAGUACUUCACUGAGGCCGGCUUCCCUGAGCAGGCCACUGCCUUCCAGGAGCAGGAGAUCGACGGCAAAUCCUUGCUGCUCAUGCAGGGCACAGACGUGCUGACCGGCCUUUCCAUCCGCCUGGGCCCAGCCCUCAAAAUCUACGAGCACCACAUCAAGGUGCUUCAGCAAGGCCACUUUGAAGAUGAUGACCCUGAUGGUUUUCUAGGCUGAGUGCCAGGCAUUGCCCUCCCGAGGUCCAUUCCAACUCCCAUCUCACCCAAGCCCUGGAGAGUCCAGGAGCUGCCUAGGGCACCUGGGGCCCUGGUGACAGAUUCCGGCGAGGGGCGCCUCUCCGUUCAUCUCCCUUUGUCUCUCACACACACCUGCCCCCUGCAUAUCCUCUGCUCCCCAACAGUGGAGUACAGGGUGGGACUCCAGGAGGCCGACCCCCUCCCAACCCAAGGACAUUUUUGGGAAAAAAAAAAAAAAAUUUUGGCUUCCCCAAAAUCAUUUUCAGCCAGAUGUUUCCUAUAUAAAUGUUUUGUUCUGCUUGUUCAUUUUGGUGGGUGGUCGCCUCCCUCCCCCACCACCCAUGCCCCCUUUCCAGCCUGCUGCCCUUGGCCUCCAGCCACAGGAGGAUUGGGGAACAGCUGGGUGGGGUCCUGGGUCUUGUCUGCCCUCUCCUUUCUGUCAGUCAUUGCUCCAGCUGGCUGUAUUGCUUUUUAAUAUUGCACCGAAGGUUUUUUAAAUAAAAUUUUAAAAAAAAGGAAAAGAAA